GGAACAAAUUACUUUCAGUAGUUGAUAGAUGUAUGAUAUGCAUUACAUAACUAAGGACAUACCCACAUCACAUCAUCUAACAGAUAAGCAACAGGAUUGGAGCUGUAAUCUGAACGUGAAGCACAAAAUAACCUAGUAUAGCUAGUUACAGUUCAGACGCUCACCACAACUUCGAGCACACACCACCAAAAUCAAACCCAACCGCAUCGAUCACCAAUUCGUCGCAGGGGGAAUGAGCCCUAGAAAGCUUUCCAAACUAGAAACUACCGCAAGCGCUACAUCACAAUAACGAGCAGACAUCAACAGAUCAAACGCCUCAUCCCCCGCAAUCAAAACGCCGCUGGUGAAAUGAGCUCCAAAAGCACGAGGAAGCGGCCUAAAACAAGACGCACUGGCAACUCACAUGUUAUGAGGGUGAUCUCUGUGCCGAGGAGGGAAGCCAUGGUGGUGGAGGAGGAGAACCGGGCGCUGUCCAAGUCGCGGAUCGUGCCGCUCUUGCCGCAGCUGGACGAGCGGCUGCUGCUCCAUGCCGCCGAUGCCAGGCUCAGCGGCCUCCUCUACGCGCUCCACAACGCCAGCUCCCUGUUCCUCCUCAUCCUCGUCGGGGCCGCCGUUUCCUGAGCCUCCUCGCCGGCGGACGGUGCGUUGUCCGGGUUUGUGGCGUCCAUCGAGACGCUGCAGAAGAGGAGGCUGGCGCGGACCUGUGCCGGCGGCCGCCGGGCGCAGAUGCAGCGACCGGCUGAGCAGCUCGACGUGCUCCGGACGCCGACGAGCGGAAAGCAAAUCGCCUCUCCCUGAUUCCCCUCUCCGCCCAACCCUCCAGGCUCCAGCCUCCAGAACUCCAAGCGUCAGUCAAAGACCAGUAAGAAGGGAGCGGAGGAAACCAAAAGAAAAAGGAAAAGCUCAACAAAUUUCACGGAUCUCGAUGCACACAACGGACGGUGUAGAAAUCGACUGAAAUUUGCAAAAAUUCCAGGCGCCUGUGCGCUAGCAAAACACAAGGGUUUUGGUUUGUCCGGAGGCCGGAGUGGAAGAAACUAUUUUCACGGCUACCAAGCUCAAAUCUCAGCCAGCUGCUAGGCCAGGGUAACUGCUAGCUAAGCCAGACACUUGUCUGGCCUCUCCCUUUUCCAUGGAAACUCACUCUCACAUCUGAACCCUCUCUCUGUAUUUACAACCUCAUCAUGCAGUUACGUGAAACCUUCCUUGAUCUCCCUACUCUCCUCAGUCAUAAAGAGAUCUCUGCAUAAACGCAUCCAUCUCUCUCGAAACGCAUCUUCCAUUCCUACAAUACAACAUGACCUCCCUUUGCUCAUUUCCAAGAGCAAUCAACAGAUCUCCAUCGGCAUAAAACGCAUCCAUCCAAAGAAGAAGAAGAACAAGAAGAUGAUCAAGGCGGCCUCCGCCGCGGCUCUACUGGCCAUCCUGGCCUCCAUGUCCGCCGGCUCAUACACGGCUUCGGCGCCGACGAUCGAGCGGACGUGCAAGGCCGCGGCGGCGCUGGACGCGCGCGUGGACGCGGAGUUCUGCGAGAUCCACCUGGUGUCCUACCACGGCGCGGCGGACGUUCCAGACCCGUGGGGGCUGGCCAAGACGUCGGCGCUGAUCGGGGUCACGCUCACCGACGACGUGCUGUACGACCUCAAAGACCCCGUGGGGAAGAAGAGCAGCCGGCUGCUCCCGCCGCCGCGGGACGCCACCAAGGACCCCGCGGCCGCCGCGAGCUGCGCGGGCGCCUACGACAAGGCCGGGGCGGCGUUCGCGGACGCGUUCGACGACCUCGCCGCCAGGCGGUACCCGGCGGCCAAGGAGAAGAUGGCCCGGGUGCCGGGGUUAUUGAAGGGGUGCGACGACGCGCUUGCCGGGGUCGGGAUUAAGCCGACGCGCGCGUUGAAGAGGUACGCCGCCGACUGCCAGCAGAUGGCCUUCAUCCUCGCCGCCAUCACCGGCCUCAUCAAGUGAUGGGUGGGUGAUUCGUCGAACACCUUUCGGGCGGCCGGUUUGGUUCUUGGUUCGGUGGAUCUCCGCGUGUGAGAGGACCUCAUGUCAGUGUAUGUAGUAUUGGUCCUACGAUCUCUAACCCUUCUCUGUCAGCUCUCCUGAUCUGUCAUUUAGCAGAUAUAUAUGACUCAAUAAAGUGGCGAUUCAUGCUUGGUAAU